AAUACAUACAAUCCAACAAUAUAUUGGAGUAUUUACUCUGUCCUGGCCCUUCCCUCUAUUAAUCACAUGAAACCUUGAAAGGCACCACCACAAUGGACGUAUCCGACAAUCGCCUCUUCCGCUUCUCCAAACCAGAAUGGCUCAACAACACUGCCGUCCGCACCGCAGGCGUCUACACCUCGGGAGCACUGUUCUCCAUCGGCCUCUUCUUCCUCGUGGACGCAGCCGCAUUCUCCCACAGCUCCCGUAACGGAUCAAACGUCCAUGUCAAAUUCGUCGACUGGAUCCCGGGCAUCUGCUCAGCGCUUGGGAUGCUCGUUAUCAAUUCUAUUGAAAAGUCGAGGUUGCAUGCUGAUAGCUUCAGUUAUGCGGGAGGUGGGGUUGCAUGGAAGGCGAGGUUUGUGUUAUUUUUGGGGUUUGCACUGUUGGCGGGGGGUUUGGCGGGGAGUGUGACGGUCAUGGUCCUCAAAUACCUCAUCAAGCAGUAUCCGCUGCAGACGCUUUAUUUCGGGAUCGCCAAUGUCGUUGCGAAUGGUCUAGUUAUGUUGAGGUUUGCUCCAUCUCUGUUUCAUUUUGGUUUCCCUGGUUCAAAUCGGAUGGUGGAGCUAAUAUCAAACUCGGUGCAGUACGGUUGUUUUAUGGGUUUCCCAGAACAUAGAAGAUGAUUAUACCUACAACCUUGCUCUGUGAGGUUGAUUGUUCAAAUGCAGUGGCCGUGAACUUUGUUUCUUGAUGUUACGUUUAUAUUAUUUUCUUAUGAUUUGCUUUUGCGCUUUAUGUCUAGGUCUAGGGUUGUCUUGAUUUCCAUUUCUGCGUUUGAGGUUGACAUUGUAAUAGUAUAGUUCUGCAUUCAUUGUCUGUCGUAUUAUUGGUCCUAAAAUGCUUACAAUGCAU